GUAGAAAGGCCGUCUUAUGCUCCGCCCCCUCCCCCUGCACCUACCACUCAAAUGCCCAAUACUGCAGGGUUUGUGGGGUACAAUCCCUACAGCCAUCUGGCCUACAACAACUACAGACUGGGAGGGAGCCAAAGCAGCAACAGUCGGGUAACGAAUUCCUCUGGAAUAAAUAUACCAAAGCCACCCAAGCCCCCUGAUAAGCCAUUGAUGCCAUACAUGAGAUAUAGUCGUAAGGUUUGGGAUCAAGUAAAAGCCUCCAAUCCCGAUCUGAAGCUAUGGGAAAUUGGGAAGAUAAUCGGUGGCAUGUGGAGGGACCUCACUGAUGAGGAGAAACAGGAUUAUUUGAAUGACUACGAAGCAGAGAAGAUUGAAUAUAAUGAAAACAUGAAGGCCUAUCACAACUCGCCAGCUUACCUGGCCUACGUCAAUGCAAAAAGCCGCGCAGAGGCAGCGCUAGAAGAGGAGAGCCGUCAGCGGCAGUCUAGACUGGACAAGGGCGAGCCAUACAUGAGCAUUCAACCAGCUGAGGAUCCAGAUGAUUGUGAUGAUGGAUUUUCAGUCAAGCACUCUGCAGCAGCCCGUUUCCAACGCAACCAUCGUCUAAUCAGCGAGAUUCUAAGUGAGAGUGUCGUGCCUGAUGUUCGGUCUGUUGUCACAACUGCCCGAAUGCAAGUCCUUAAACGUCAAGUGCAGUCUUUGAUGGUGCACCAGAGAAAGUUGGAAGCAGAGUUGCUUCAAAUUGAAGACCGCCACCAGGAUAAGAAAAGAAAAUUCAUUGAAGCUACAGAUUCGUUCACAAAUGAGCUCAAAAGACUCUGCUGUAUGAAAGUGGAAGUGGACAUGGAUAAGAUUUCUGCCGAGAUCUCUGCAGCGGAAGAGGCAGCCCGCAAACGGAUGGCUGAACGGGAGAAAGAAGCAAAAGAGGCUUCUACGUGUGGCUCUGCAUCAGAAGAAGAAAAGCAAGGCAAGUCGCAACAAAAUCCUCUUAGCGACGCUACCAAUAAGGGAGGGGAAAAUGCCGAUUCCAUCAGCAAAGAUCCUUCAGGAAAGCAGAAGGCUGCAGAGGAACUCCACGAACAGCCAGGGAGCGAAGAAGGGGCCUCUGAGGACAAGGAGAGCGUCUUAGAGGGAGCCAUGGAGGAGGGAACCAGUGAUAGCAACACGGGUUCAGAAACCACUUCCGCUCAAACAGAAGAGGCUCUGACUAGUGAGCCGUCAGAUGGUUCCAGCAGAGCAAGAUCAGCCCACUGA